AUGGCACCCCGACGCAUCGAACAAGAAGAAAUCGAGAAGUACUGGGAAAUCUUCACCUCCCUUUCGCAGGGCUCCACACAUCUGGACGGCGCGCAAGCCGCCCCUGUGCUCAAGAACAGCCAUCUCCGCGAUGACCAGCUUGAGCGGGUGUGGGAUCUGGCGGAUGUAGAUAACGAUGGCAAGCUCGACUUCGAGGAGUUCUGCGUGGCCAUGCGUCUGAUCUUCGACUUGAUCAAUGGGGAGACAUCCGACGUACCGCAAACCCUCCCAGACUGGCUCGUUCCCGAAUCCAAAGCCCACCUCGUCCAAGCCAACCGCGCAAUGAGCGGCGGCCUCCCCGCAUUCGAAACGGUGGAAGACGACGACGACACGCCCGGCCUGCGCAACGGCUUCGACUGGUACAUGUCCCCGAACGACAAGUCCAAGUACGAAGAAAUAUAUACGGCGAACCGCGACUCCCACGGUAACGUCUCCUUCUCGACGCUACAACCGCUCUUCGACUCGCUCGACAACGUGCCAGACUCAGACGUGCGAUUCGCGUGGAAUUUGGUCAAUCCCAAAGCGGGCGAGAACGUGGGCAAGGAUGCGUGUUUGGCGUUUCUGCAUAUCUUGAAUCAAAGGAGUGAGGGGUUCAGAGUGCCGAGGAGCGUGCCGCCUAGUCUGCGGGCGAGCUUUGAAAAGGCUAAUAUCGAUUAUGAUGUUGAGAGAACAGGGAAUAGGUGGGCAGAGCGAGGCGGAGAGGAAACAGCGACGGGCAAGAAGGCCAAGUUCGGGGAUGCAUACCUCACGCGUUUGGGUGUUGGCGAUCGCGCGAACAACUACGGUGCGAGAGCACGAGGUACCGAUCACGGCGGGCGCACCACUGAAGACUGGGAGGAAGUCAGGCUCAAAAAGCAGCUCAAGGAGCUUGAGGACAGGAUUACGUCUGUGGAGAAAGACGCGGAGAACAGGCGGCAUGGCAGGCGGGGAGACAGCAAGCCUGCCCUCGUGAAGCGGGAACUGGAGAUGCUGCUCGAUUACAAGAGAGGCGUACUGCGGGAUCUGGACAGUGGGGAUGGUGGCGCUGUCAAGGGUCUAGGCGGCAUCAGGGACGAGAUCGACACAGUCAAAGAACAAGUCGAAGGACUACAGUCGCACCUAGAGAGGCGGAACGAAGUACUAGCUGAUCUGCGAAGGCAGAUUGACGAUGAGAAGGCAGGAAGAUAG